GCAUUGAAGUAUGGUCGUUACUUUCGCGAGGACCAUUUUCAGUUGCAUAUGAAAAUGGAAGUGAUCAGAAGCAUUUUGUGUUUGUUCAUAAUAAUCAGUGUUUAUUUUGUGCUUUUGGAUGCCAAGAGAUUCGUGAUAAAUGGGAUAUCUGAUGAUGUAGUUAAAGACUUUUCAAUCGAAUAUAAUCACUAUAUGGAAACAAGAGAGAUGACUCCUAGGUUGUCCCAAAUUCUAAAUGCCUUGGAUUAUGUUGAUGAAUCUAAGAAUUGCAUCUUAUGCCACGCAGGAGUGGGAUUUGCAAUUGCACAAAGGCGGAUUUUUCGCAAAUCAGACGACGAUAUCAAAAAUUUAUUAUUAAGCCUCUGUGUCACUUUAAGAAUUCAGCCAAAAUAUGUUUGCAGUGGAAUCUUGAACUUACAUGUGAAAAUGUUCCUCUAUAUAUUUGAUAAUCGGCCCAACUUGACCGAAGAUCACGUUUGUGGUCUUUUGCUACAAAACAAAAAACUUGGUUGCGUUUUGGACGAUCCAUUAUUUGACUGGUCAGUAAAUGUGGAUCAAUCCAAUGUACAGGCAGAAUCCAGGGGAAUUUUGAACGAAAUGAUUCAUGCUACAGACCUCAGGAUAAUCCAAAUUACAGAUCCUCAUAUAGAUAGAAAGUACAAAAAAGGAGCAAAUGCAGUAUGUGGUGCACCAUUGUGUUGUCGAAGUGACCAGGGGACACCUAAAAGGCCCGAAGAUGGUGCAGGCACCUGGGGCGAUUAUAGGGGCUGCGAUUCACCCAGAAUCGCCGUGGAAGACGCUUAUGAUCAAAUUCGGAACCAACACCAGAGAAUUGAUCUAAUUUAUUUUACCGGAGACAUAGUAGAACAUGGUGUUUGGGAAACAUCCAUAGCUGGCAACAGGGACAAAAUUAAAACAUCUUUAGCCAAAAUGCGAGAAAUCUCACCAAAUUCAAUGAUCAUUCCAAUAUUAGGAAACCAUGAACCACAUCCGCUCAAUGUGUAUGCUCCAAAAAAUGUGCCUCAAGAAUUCAGCACCCAAUGGCUUUACGAUUUAAUAGCCCAGGAAUGGCCACCUCUACUUCAAAAUCGAUUAAAUAACGUGGAUACAAUCAGACAAGGUGGUUACUACACACUCCUGGUGCGUCCAGGAUUUCGAGUAAUAGUUCUUAAUAACAACGUGGCAUAUGUCUUCAACUGGUGGUUGCUGUAUGAUCCAGUGUUCCCAAAAGAGCAAUUGCAAUGGUUGCAUAAUACACUUUUAUUAGCAGAGCAAAAUCGUGAAAAAGUUCAUAUAUUGACACAUAUUCCGUCAGGUGAUCCGACUAAUUUUAUUACUUGGGAUAGAGAAUACCAUCGAAUUAUUGAAAGAUUUUCUAAUAUUAUAACAAAUCAAUUCAAUGGACAUACACACGACGAUGAAUUUACAUUAUUCUACAGUUCAAGUAAUAAAACAAAAGCAAUAGCUUCUGCAUUUAAUGGAGGCAGUAUUACUACUUUUGAGCAUAGAAAUCCUAAUUACAAAUUAUAUUAUGUCAGUCAAAGAACCUUUAAAGUUGUAGAACACGAAUCUUGGAUAUACAAUUUAACAGAAGCAAAUUUAAAUGAUUACCAAAGGCCAAGAUGGUUCAAAAUGUAUUCAUUCAAAAAAGACUUUGGAUUAAAAAACUUGGAACCAAGUGAACUUAGUAAAUUGGUACAAAAGAUGUACUCAGAUAAAAAUUUGGCGUACAAAUACUUCUCUUUCAAAGUAAAACAAGCAGAUUCAGCAUUGGAAAAAGGCUGUGAUCAUAGAUGUCUUAGAAAUCAUUUGUGUACUAUUUUAACAUCGGUACCAAAUGAAGAACAAACGUGCCAUAUUAUGAAUUCAAGGUUUGGUAAAUCAAACUUUCUUUGUAAAUUUUUACGACUAAUUACUUUGGGAAUAGUGGACAUAUGUAAAGGAUUAUGA